AUGUGCCCAGGCCUUUGUGACAGGCACCCUUGAGGAAGACCUGUGAGCCAUGACACCUAGAGGGCCCUCAAUAAGAGGGUGGCACGUCAGGCCAGGCUAGAGCCUGGACCUGGGGUUUAGAAGGGGUUAUGGAGGGGCCAAAAACCCUGGGUCCCUGUGGCCACUCCCACCCCCAAUGCCCCCAACUAUCAGCUUCAAGCAGCCAUGCAGGAUGCCUGGAUCCACCCUGCCAGGGGUUUGUAAGAUGGCCCUGCCUUGUACCUCUCAGCUCCACUCUCUCAAUAGAGUCGGCCAGACCUUUCCCACCUCCGGGGGUAGGAGGCGGGGGGCCCAGGGUAGGGGCUGAGGUACCUGGGAGCUUUAUGGCAAAUGAAGAGGGAGAGAUGCAGCGACAGAGACCGAGAGACCCAACGGGGACAAAACGAGGGCAAGAGGAGGCAAGGCUGGGGUGGGGCUGGCCCCUGCACUCAGGACGAGAGCAAGGGGCCCCCAGGCCAGGGGGAUCCCCCAGCUCAGGGCCCAGACCCGGCCCUUGCCCACCCCUGCCAACAGGGGCAGGAACCCUGGCUUCACCCAGGGCAGCCCCCUCCCAGCUCCAGAAGGUGCCCCUGGGUCCUGCAGAGCAGUCCUUCUUCCAGCUGGAGCAGGAAAACCAGAAUCUGAAAAGACAGAACCAGGAUCUGCGAGAGCAGCUGGGGGCCCUCCUGGGGCCAGGGCAGCAGUUUCUGCCCCUAUGCCCAGAGCACUCGAGCUGCACGACCCUGGCCUGGCAGUCCGUGACCACAGAUGCUGCCCAUGGCCUUGGGGCUGACCCAAGGGCUCUUCCACAGACCCCUGAGCAGACCAGUUCCCAGCCCCUGGAGGACAGGGCACCCUUGCAGCUGCUGCGGCAGGAGCUGUGCCGGGGGGAAGAGUCCUUCGUGCAGCAGUCUCAGAAUGAACUGCAGCAGAUCCGACUGUCCUUUGAGAGGAAGAAGAUGGCCAUUACCGAGGUAUGGGAUGGCGUGGCCGAGGUACAUAUGGCCCUGAACAACCAGGCCACUGGGCUCCUGAACCUUAAGAAGGACAUCCGGGGAGUACUAGACCAGAUGGAGGACAUUCAGCUGGAGAUUCUAGGUUCCACUACACCAGACCGAGAGGUGCUGCAGGCUGGGGUGGGGGACGUACAUGGCCCUGACUGUACAGCCCCCGUCCCCAGGGAGCGUGCCCAGUGCCGCACCCAGGCCAGGAAGGAGCAGCAGAUGGCAUGCAUAGCGGCUGCUGGCCCUGAGGCUGCUGCUGGGCACCCUGCUGGCCUGUACCGCUGCCUACGUGUACGUGGUGGACCCCGCGCCCUUCGAGGGGCUGGUGCCUCCCCUGCUGAGCCGUGCCGCUGUCUGGAAGCUCCGGGCCCUGCUGGGCCCGUUCCUGCACCUGGAGGUGGACGACUUCCUGCCCUUCUAGGCCGGAGGCUCAGCGGCCCCAGCGAGGAAGAGGCCAGGCGGCCGGCGCUGCCCCGGGUGCCCAGCGGCCGCGCCGGCCCCUGCCCACGGCACUGCCACGCGCCAUCCCCACCAGGAGCUGCGGAGAAGGGUGGAGGCGGGGCCUGUCCUGAGGGCUGGGCCUGCGGCUGGACAUACAGUCGUGACACACACAGCAGCGUGUGAGCUUGUUUCCAUGGAAACGGGGGAGAGGGGCAGGAGGUUUUGCAGCCUUCUGAGGGCAAUCUCACAGUGGGGAUUCCUCAGGGUGGUGCCCCUGCCUCAGUGCCCACACCCCAUCUGUCCACUGGUCAUCAGCACCUCCACAGGAAGCCCCCAGCCCACCCCUGGCCACCAGGGAGGGCUCUGAGCAGAGGGUGUAGCAGAAGGGUCUCCACUGAAGGUGAGGAUGAGGAUCCUCAGGCCUCAUCCCUGGGGCUGGGCCCAAUCAGUAGACCUCAGGGAUGAGGUUCUCAGUCCUGAAUCUGCUGACCCGCUGACUUCACACCCCUCAUGUAACCCUCUGUCCUUAUCUGGCCGACCACCCCACCCUCCCCACACUUGACCGGCCAUCACCCUCCCACCUCCCACCUCCCACUCCUGUCCCCUCCC